AUGAUUGAUAGUCAAUGUUAAUCAUCACAGCAAAAGAAAUGGAUUAGGGAUUUAAGGUAUCCUCUCCACUACAGUAGCUAGGCUGCUACCUCGGCCGUUCACAAAGAAUAUUGUCAAGGGCUAGGUAGCUACGUUCCAUCUGCGGCCUUCCAAAGAUACUGCCCAACUGCCUGUGAUGGAUCACCAGCUGUACGGCGACCCCUCCGCGAGCAGCUUCUCUCCGCUGGAGGCACAGAUCUUCUCCGGCCAGCUGCCGCCGUCGUCAACGCCAUGGCCAAAUCUCGACGUUGACCUCGCCCUGGACCUCGACGUUCUCGAGGAUGACAUCGUCCGGGAGCUCUCUGCUGGCACAGUGGCAAACGCGGCAUCGUCAGGUUCCGGCUCCGGCGCCCACAAGAAGCUCAGCCACAACGCGUACGAGCGCGACCGCCGGAAGCAGCUCAACGAGCUAUACCUCUCGCUCCGUUCUCUCCUCCCGGACGCCGACCACACCAAGCUGAGUAUUCCGACGACGGUGUGUCGAGCGCUCAAGUACAUCCCCGAGCUGCAGAAACAGGUCGAGAAUCUGGAGAAGAAGAAAGAGAAACUGGCUAGUGCCAACUGCAAACCAGGGGUACUGAGCGUGACCGGCAGCAUAGCUCCAACUGUGUCCGCUACUUGCCUCAACCACAAGGAAAUCAUGGUUCAGAUUAGCUUGCUGAGAGAUACAGAUGCUUCUACAGCUCUACCUCUUUCCAAGUGUAUAAAUGUACUGGAGAACGAAGGACUUCAGCUCAUCAGUUCAUCGACUUCCUCCACCUUUGGGAACAAAACGUUCUAUAACCUCCAUCUUCAGAGAAGUCAAGGAGCACUAAACAUGGAGUGCCCAUCGUUUUGUGACAAAUUGGAACAAGCCAUCAUGGAAGCAGCGGGACUAUAUCUGCAGCACUAGAGGAUUAUUGUUCUUAACUAUCAUAAAUAAAGAUUCCUUAAAUAGCUAUGAGAUGCCUGUAGCAUGGGUGCUGCGUAGUGGGUGUCCCAUAUAAGUUUGUAUGUGGCGUUGGUGAUUAUUGAUUGUAUAUGCUUGAGUAAGUACCUUUUGUCAUGUAUGAAUGUAUCUAAUACAUGAUACAUGGAGGUGA